AUGGCGACUCCAACAACUAAUGAGAAGAAGGUUAGUCGCAAUGACUAUAUUUGCGACGACAUUGCAUUUUCUAUUCUUUCGAAGCUUCCUGUUAAAUCUGUCAAGCGCUUCUCUUGCGCUAGCAAAUCAUGGUCACUUUUAUUUGAAAAUCUUAAUUUCUUGAACAAGUUUCGAAACAAUCUUGUUUCCAAACCUAUUCCACUCUAUGACGAUGAUGAUGCUUGUCUCCUCUUUAAACAAAUAGCGCCUCAAACAACGCCUGAGACUAAAUUGUCUUUGGGUUUGGGCGAGGAGGCGAUCAUAUUAAAUUUGGAUCUUCCAUCUAUAUUCAAUGUUAAUUAUGCUAAUCCAGAUAUUGACAUUUUAGGUUCUGCUAUUAAUGGAAUUAUUUGCCUCUAUGAUUAUGAUGAUCAUACAAAUGUAAUAUUGUGUAACCCAUAUACUCAAGAAAUUAAAUUUGUUCCUUAUACCCCCACUAAGUUUCAACUACCUGAUGACACCGAUGAUACUCCCGAUUCUUUUUGGGAGGUAUAUAGUCUAAAAAGUAACGCUUGGAGAAGACUAAAUGUUGAUAAUAUUCCAGUUCUUAACGAUACUCCGGUAGGUUUGGAGGUGUACUUAGAUGGAAUAUGUCAUUGGUUAGGGACAAAAGAUGAGGAAACGUAUCAUGUGGUGUCAUUCAACUUGAGCAAUGAAGUGUUUUUCACUAUACCCAUAGAUGAGUAUGUUCCCUAUUGUUUCAAAUUGGCUGUGUUAAAUGGAUCUCUUGCUAUGAUCACAAUGAAUGACAAAACCAUGUCUUUCAGCAUAUCAAUUUUAGGUGAAAUCGGUGUUAAGGAAUCACGGACUACAAUUUUCAAUGUUGGACCUUUGUCUUUUUCCAUUAAACAUAUUAUCGCAGCCGGGAAGAAGGGUAAUAUAUAUUUUUCCAAAGAAAGAAGUGGUAAAAUAGCUUGUUUUGAUUUAACUAGUGGGAUGAUUGAGGAAAUUGAUUUGGAAGGAACAAGUUAUAUUGAUCAAGUUGUAUUUUACAAGAAAAGUCCUAAUCGAAUUGAAGAAUUAAUAAACAAUUAG